AUGAAGAAUGGAAAAUCUGAUGGAGACGACGGAAUAAGCGCAGAAAUGCUAAGAUAUCUUCCUCCGUCUGGGAUUCGUGAGAUGACAAAGAUCAUCCGUUCAAUAUGGACAGACGAAAGGAUACCUUAUUCGUGGAGACAUGCUAUCAUAAUUCCUCUCCACAAGAAGUUAUCCGUCACGGACCCCAGGAAUUAUCGAGGAAUCUCUUUGCUGCGUGUUAUGUACAAGGUACUGGAGCGCAUUAUCCUGGACCGACUCAUUAAACAUCGCGAAGAAACAACGCGCGACGAGCAAGCAGCCUUUCGUCCUGGCCGAUCUACGAUUGACCAGGUGUUCAUCGUCAGGAGAGUGAUCGAAAUCUGGCAGCGGUAUUCAAAGCCAAUGCAACUAGCGUUUCUGGACUUUGAAGCCGCGUUUGACUCUCCUUAUCGAGGUCUUCUCAACGCGCUCCGCGCCGAUGGAGUACCAGGAAAGUUCGUUCGCUUGCUUGAUGACAUGAAUCAACGAACAACUGCUGCAGUUCGAACACCAGCCGGAUGUACAACACCGUUUGAAGUGGUAACUGGAUUAAAACGAGGGGCAGUGGCAGGACCCUUCCUGUUCAACUUCGCCAUCGACGAGAUUAUGCGAAGAACAGUCGACCAGUGUCCUGCCGACAUUGUCUUAACACCAUCAGGGUGCCCCUUGACUGACCUCGAGUAUGCCGACGAUGCCGUUAUAUUCGCGGAAAGCAGUACGAAACUUCAACAUGUUGUCAACCUUGUAUCGAAGCUGGCUGCAGCCUAUGGACUACGCCUACGCCCUGAUAAAUGCAAGCAGAUGUGGAUCUCUUCGAGACCUCGAACGGGAAUUAAGGUGGACGGACAACCGAUAGAACUCGUCGAUGAGUUCUGUUACCUAGGCUGUACGCUGAAGAACAAUGGCAGCUACGAGAGAGAUGUUCAGCAAAGAUGCGCUAAGGCGACUUCUGCAUUUAACUCCUUAACGAAAUGCCUGUGUUCGACCCCCAUCACCAACAUCUAA